CAGGCAGCAGAUUCCAAUAGUUCAAAGCAACCGUUUGUGCCAUGUAAAGUGUGUGGAGACAAGGCAUCGGGGUAUCAUUAUGGGGUGACAUCGUGUGAGGGGUGUAAGGUUGGUACAAUGGAUUUCACAUGUUAAUUGUAGACAGUGAAAUGAUAUCACUUCUUAUGUUCAAUGAAUUCUUGUCCCAAUAUUUACAUUUUCAUCUCCCCUCCAAAACAAAAAAAAAAACAAACAAAAACAUCAAAGAAAAAAAAUCAAUAUCUUUUAUUUUCUGUAAACACUGUCACAAACUGGCCAGUUUUUAUUUUGUGUCCUCAAAGUCAUUGAUUUAUUUUGUAACAGCCGAUUCUGUUGUUAUCUUCAUUCAGGGUUUUUUCCGACGCAGCAUUCAAAAGCAAAUAGAGUAUCGUUGUCUGAGGGAGGGAAAGUGCAUGGUGAUACGACUCAAUAGAAAUAGGUGCCAGUAUUGCCGCUUUAAGAAAUGUCUGGCUGUCGGAAUGUCCAGGGACUGUAAGUAGCGUGGUUUACAUAUGGAAUGCUGCUUUUAUCUAAUAUCAUUUAAGUUAGAUUUUGUGCAAUGUGGGAUGCUUUAGUAUGAGACAGUAUUUGCCCUACUAAAUAAUGAACUCUCUUUCUUUUGGAAAGCAUGUUAAUUAAAUACAAAAUUUAAUUACCAACUCUAUUUAAAUUACAUCAUUUUGAGACACGAUUAGUUCCAGAUACUUUAAUGACAUACAUUUUAAUGACAGACUUUAUAGUUACAUUCCUUAAAUUAAUGAUUUAAUGACAGACUUUAUAGUUACAUUCCUUAAAUUAAUGAGACACAAACAAUUGUGUCAAUAAAACACUAUAUCUUAAGCUUAAAAUAGGAUUAGAAAGUAUGAAAGUUUGAAAGUUUUGGCAAAUGCCUUCAUCACUACCACAAAAAACAUUAAUUUAUUUAUAUAAUUAUAAAUUAAAUUUAAAUAAUAAUAUGUAUAAUCUCCAUAUACCUAAAAAAUGAAAGAAAAGAAUAAGAAUGGGCACAAGCCUCUAACGAAAACAAAGAUCAGAAGAGUGGAAAGAAAUUGGGUGGAAUAACAAUAUAAAAACGAAACAGGAAAAAAGACAUUGCAGCUAUUUAACUUAUGAAUUUGGUUUAUACUGUAUUGAGUCAACGUACCAAAUCUUUUUAUUAAUUUUUUUCCCAUAUAAAUUCUACCAAUUUUUUUAUUAAUUUGUUUUCCAUAUAAAUUCUAUCAGGUGUAGUACUCCGGUACAAUAUACCAGUAACUGCAAUGUCUUAUAUUCCAUUAUGGUCAGCACUAUUGAAGUGUUUAGAAACAGGACAAAGGGCUUGUUUAUUGAUGUUGCACAGAUGUUCUCUAAGCCUGUCCUCCCUAAAUAUGAUUUUCCACAUUUUUAAUAAUAAAUUAAUUACAUCUCUUUGAUAGCAGAAAUUUUAUUCGCAGUCAUUUUAGGGACAGACAUUUUAAUUAGAGAAAUUUUAAUGACAGUCAUUUUAAUUUUAGUCUUUUUAAUUACCCGGCAUUUCAUCAUGGUUAGUUACUUCAUACGUUAUCAAUCAUGUGGUUUACUUCAUCGAAAUUCAAAAGAAAUUAAGUUAAAAAGUCUACUUCAUAUUUAUUACCAAACUGAACAUAAGCAUAGUAUUUUCCUUACAUAUUAAAAGCCAAUAAAUUGUUCAUCAAAAUUCACACAAAAUCUUAUCUUUAUUAAAAAUUGUAUGGUGUAAUGUUGGUCCAGCAAUUUUAACACCAGCUUUUAUGCCCACCGUUGACAGCCGUACGGUACGGUAGGGUCCCCAAGAGGUCCAAGAGUCAGGAGGAGCAGAGCGUGACAUCUAGCGAUUCCAGCCAGGACCAGACAGCUCUGGAGAGCAAACAGCUGGCCAUUUAUGAUGUCAUUCUCAGCAUAUCUCAGGCCCACCAUGCUCACUGUGCCAUCACAGAGGACAAGAUCAAGAACUUGGUGCGGCAUCCCGCCACUCUUGUGAGUUUACCCUUCCAUUUGUUUUGUGCUAUUCCUAAGACGUGUAAUUUAAACCCUUUGUCCGCUCUGUUUUUUAUGUGUAUUUCAUCUGACUUAAAUUCUGGUGCAAGGAAAGUAGAAGUUUUGUAUAAACUUAUAAAUGCAAUGGGUAAGGUAUCAAAUAUUUUUAGGUGCCACAGAGAAAAUAUGAUCAGUUAAAAUGAAACGUGCUAAAGAAAUAAGCUGCUACAUUGGCACACUUGAGUAAAAAUUGAACCCUCCGCUUAGUUUGUACAUUUUUUUCAUCUGUUGAUGUAGACUGUAGUGUAUUUUAUCAUCUGUUGAUGUAAACUUUAGUGUAUUUUAUCAUCUGUUGAUGUAGACUGUAGUGUAUUUUAUCAUCUGUUGAUGUAGACUGUAGUGUAUUUUAUCAUCUGUUGAUGUAGACUGUUGUGUAUUUUAUCAUCUGUUGAUGUAGACUAUACUUAUUUUAUCAUCUGUUGAUAUAGACUGUAUUUAUUUUAUCAUCUGUUGAUGGAGAAUGUAGUGUGUUUUAUCAAAUUCACUCAAGUGGAUAGUUUAUUUUCCCAGUGAAAAAAGUGGAGCGUAGCUAUUGUUAAGUUAGCUUGCAUUACCAAAAGGGAAUUUUGAAAUCAAAUUAUCUUCAUUAGUCUGGGCCAGUGGUCGGCAAAUCGUGGCUCGCAAGCUUCAUGUGGCUCUUUAACGACCUGCGUGUGGCUCUGCCAGUCUGCCACAAAUCGGUUUUGACUCUGAAACACAUGGUUCUUGGCAAGAAAUUUGGCUCUCAAAAAAUGUUUAAUCAUCCUGCUGCUGAUUUUUGUCUCUUUUGACUAAUGAAUUUGCCGACCACUGGUCUGGGCAAUUACAGAGAAAUUAUAUUUUAAAAAAUGAUUUGAAAUGGUCUGAAAUAUUAUAUAGUUAGCUUCAAUGCUCCUGUCCUCAUUAAAGCUCGUCUACUUCCAAUGUAAGAAAAGACUGAAAACCUGGACUUAGCUCUGUACACAUCAUCAUCAAAGCAUUUUGGCACAAAUCCAUAUAAUCUCCAUUACGCUGUGCUGUUGCCAAGUGCAUAGUUUAAGCAGAACAUUGUAAAGUGUUCCCCAGACUGAACAGAUUAUUAAUUCUUUCCAUGUUUACUAUUCCAGCGCAUGAUUUAAAUGACUUACAGCUGAGUUUAUUUUGACAUUUUUUUACUCUGCCCAGUUCUUCCAUGUUCUUGAGUGUUAAAAACCGAGGAAUUAUUGCCAGAUAAAAUCCACAUUCUUGGACAAAAAUAAUGAAAUUGACAUUCACCUCAAUAAUAAUCAUCUGUUGAUGUAGACUGUAGUGUAUUAUAUGAUCUGUUUAUUUAUAUUUAUUUAACCCCCCAAACAAAAAAAACAAAACAAUUCCAGAUAUCCAACUGCAUGUUUCAUAACAUCAAACUGUAUAAUUAUAUCUGCAGAUGACAAAAAUUCACAUACCUACAGGGCAUCUUCAGUUUACCAAUGAAGAAAUUGAAAUGCAAAGGUUACUCAUGUGGCAGCAGCUAGCAGCACUGGUCACUCCAUCUAUACACAGUGUUGUGGAGUUUUCCAAAAGGGUACCUAGUAAGUUCAUCAGAUGUUGCUAUUCCUUCAUGAAAUAUUGGAUGUUAAUUUCAGCAUUCCUACCUAAAACAUUGGAUGAAAUUGCAAUAUUCUUACCUGAAUUAUUGAAUGAAAUUUCAAUAUUCCUUCCUGAAUUAUUGGAUGUGAUUUCAACAUUCCUACCUGAAGUAUCGGUGUAAUUUCAACAUUCAUUCCUGAAGUAUUAGUGUAACUUCAGCACCAAUAUUUGGGUCCCAGGGCUUUGAAGUAAAAAAAACACAUUUUUCUUCUCAUUGUCUAUGUUCCAGAUUUCCCCGAUUUAUCUCAAGACGACCAGCUGAUUCUCAUCAAGACCGGUUUUUUUGAGAUCUGGUUGACUCGAAUGGCACGGAUGAUCAGCAAGGAAGAGAACAUUGUCGUGUUUGAGGAUGGCAGCUGUAUAUCAAGACAGGAGCUGGCCGUUGUCUACUCUGUAUGUAACUGUGUGAUUACAUGUCAUAGCGUUUGUUUUAUGUUGAUACAAAAUUCUAUGUAGCUAGUCAUGCCUCAUGGCAACAGCAGCUACCUGAGUGUACUUGAAAGGCCAGAAGCAUAUUUUAUUUCAUCAAAUGAAAACUUACGACAAAACAUUUUAUAAAGCAUUGAGUGUGAACAGUAGUUAUGAUAUGCAUGUAGUAACAGGAAAAAAUGGAAUGCUAAGGUACCAGGUGGUGUUUUUAAAUUAGUUUUAUUAAAGCAUGUCUCUAGUUGAGAGGCCAGUUUCAAAAAAGAGAUGGCUAGAAUGGGGAUUUGAAACCCACCACAUUCAUAUUCAUUCAUAUUAUUAUUAUUAUUAUCAAGGCGUGACUUGAGCUGUAUUUUAUUUAAAGAGAGGGAGAGUUGUACAAUUAGUCAGCCUCGCUCUCUUGUCCUUGCCUAAUGCAAGAUGACUGGCAAUAGAACAGGUUGCAGUAGGUGACCAGCAGUGUUUCUUGUAUUUCACUGUGCUCUUUAUGCGAUCCACAAUAAACCGAGUUGGAAUCCAUUAUGUCAUGGUCAUACCGCCUUUGGGAGACCAUCUCUGGGUUUGAUUUCGGAGUCUGCUGGGGUGCUGGUGUUUUUUUUGUUUGUCUAGGUUUUUCUGGGGAUUAAACUCCAGUCCCCAAACUUGGGAUUGACUCAAUUUAGACCACUCUGCCACCCAGCACCCGCUACAUUCAUACUAUAGGCAAGACACCCUAACUAACGGCUGACCAGCCCGUACAACUGCCAGCUAUAUUUAUACAUUCAAAGUGAAAGAUAAUAAUAAUAAUAAUAAAGUUUAUUUGAAAAUCACGCUUCAUCCCCAAAGGCUCGAAACGCAGUACAAAGUCAUCCAUAUUAAAAGAGAAAUGAAAUAUAAAACGCAAAAUUACAAAAACUACAUACGAGAAUACCCAUUCUAAAUCUUUCAUCCCUGGCGACCCUAAACAACACAGGCCACUAUACAUCUAGGAGAUAAUAGCUAGCUGGAAAAGAUGGUAGACAACAUCACCCCAACAGGUGUUUGUGAAAUAGAUAUGUUUUCGAAUCAGUUUUGAAAGACUCCAGUGUCUGGCUAUUUCUGAGAGCAACAGGAAGUGUGUUCCAAAUUGUUGGGCCAGCAAAUGCGAACAUGCGCCUUCCAUAAGUCUCAAGGCGAACACGUAGUAUCGAAAGUUUGCCACUAUUGGAUGAGCGGAGUUGUCUAGUUGGUACAUAAUGCGCCAUGAGCGCUUUGAGAUAGGACAGCGCCAGGUCAUUCAAGCAGCGGUAGCACAAAGUUGCAAUUUUGUACUCUUAUGCGACGGCGGACGGCAGCCAGUGCAACUCUCUCAGAAGUGUUUUAGCAUGGUGAAAUUUGCACUUGCGAUAAAGAAUGCCGCAUUAUUCUGUACUUUUAAAAUUUUAUCCAGGAUUGUAGCUGGAAGACCCACCAUGAGAGCAUUGCAGUAGUCCAUUCAUGAUAGCACGAAUGCAGACAUCAGCCUCUUUGUUGCAUCAAACGUUAAGAAAGGGCUGAUAUCACUAAAUCUGUGCAGCUCUAGAAAAAUCGCCUUGCAAAUAAUGUUAUUGUGAUUUUCCAAAGAUAGUGUUCUGUCUAAGUAGACACCCAGAUUUUGCACUGUUUAAGCAAAUUCAAUCUGUAUACCUGAGAGAGAAAGGGGUAGUGUGUUAUUUACAGAUUUUAGCUUUUAAGCGGUAGCAAUGGGGAUCAGCUCGGUCUUUUCAUCGUUCAAUUUGAGCUUAUUAAUGUUCAUCCAGUGCUUAACUGACUCCACUGUCUUCUGUGUCAUACUAAGAAGCUGAGGGAACUGAGAGGGGAUCACGGACUGCUGAAGUUUGGUAUCAUCCGCGAACAUGUGAUAGAGCAUAUCAAACUGCUUGAUCACUGCACCCAAGGGCUGAACAUACAUAGUGAAAAGCACUGGACCUAGGACCGAACCCUGGGGUACUCCGAAUUCGAUCAUACAUUGCUUCGAGGUCAAGUCGUUUGCAAUAACUGAUUGGACCCGAUUUGUCAGAUACAAGCGGAACCAUCUCAGGAUGGUAUCGGUGAAACCGAACGUUUUUUGCAGACGUUGGAGAAGUAUCCCAAAGUCAAGCGUAUCAAGUAACAGCAAAAGGGAUACCCUGCCCUCACCACAAGAUGACAGAAGGUCAUUUACGAUGCGCAACAGGGCUGUCUCAGUAGGGUGAUGCGCCCUGUAUGCUGACUGGAAAGGCUCAAAUAAGUCACACUGAGUGAGGUGUUUCAGCAGCUGGCAGAGAACGACUUUCUCUAAAAUUUUGGAAACAAAAGGUAGAUUUGAGAUUGGGCGAUAAUUUUCCAACCCAUUGGGGUCCAGAUUUGCUUUCUUUAGCAGUGGAGUUACAACCGCCUCUUUAAAAGAGGAUGGAACAAUACCUGUUUUCAAGGACUGAUUUAUGAUGCUCAACCAGAAACACAAGGCUCAUGUCAGGUGGAUUUUGUUUAAAAGGCAAUGGGGAGGAGGAGAAUGUUGACAACAGCGUGUCCCAUAGAAAUGUUAAAAACAGUUUUCCAACUUUUUAUUUCUCAGUAUUUUAUCUGUAGCCAUCCAGGCUUUUCCCUCUUAUUUUACUGUGUGUAUAAUUAAACUCAUGCUUUUUUGAACAGCCUGACUUUGUCACCUCUAUGUUUGAAGUGGCCAAUGGGUUUAACCUGCUGAACCUCAACGACACAGAAAUCGGUCUGUUCACUGGCAUCGUGCUGGCAACAUCAGGUGAGGUAUUUAAACCAGACUGCACAUUGACUAUGGAAUCAAAUUUAAAACAUUCAUCAACAAUAAAUAGGGAUACAUUUUUUUUUUUAAUUAAAAAAUUAAAUUACAUUUGGUUUGAAUUAGAGAUAUUUUAUCUAAAUGAUGGAUAGACAAGUUGACAUAGAGCUUUCACUUUAAGAAAUCAAUUUAAGUGAUUCCUGGAGUUCCCUCCCAGAACUGAAAGGUUGGAGGUCAAUGGUUUGAGCCAAUAAAACAUUUUAAUAAUCUGUUAAAAUUUGUGUAGCUUUCAACUAAAAAAGUGUAAACCUUCCUCUACUCAACUAUUUAAUUCUAACUUAAAAAAAAAUAACAGAUCGCCAAGGACUCUUAGACACUCAGUCGGUGGAGCGUAUCCAGGACCGGCUAGUGGAAGCAUUAAAGCUUCAGGUCAGUCGUAACCACUCCACGGAGGAGAAUCUGUUUGCUUCUAUCAUCAUGAAACUGCCAGAGCUGCGAACCCUGGGAUCCCAGCACAACGAUCUGCUCCGCUGGUACCGUGGGCAGUGGCAUCGCGGCAGCCUCCCCCCUCUGUUUGCUGAAAUCUACGAUAUUCCUAAAAAUCAGGAUUCGUAGAAAUGCCUGAAAGAUCCUUGGUUGGGGCCAGUGUGAGAGAAACAAGCAGGGAGAGCAAAGUCUUGGAAGCUGCAAACCAGAUCAAAUAUUAAUAAUUAUAUCGGUUACAUAAGUGUAGAAUAUUCCUUUAUUCAUUGACUUGGAAGAAUUUUUAAGAAGCAACAAAAAAAACAUUUUGGCUACGUAUUUGUCAUUGUUUUGCUUUGAUUCUGCUUAUGCCUGGCUUAUUCUGGCAGCUAGAAUACUCUUUAAUCAACUUGGUUUUCAUCCAUCAUGUAAUAAGUCAUGCCAUUAGUGUUUAGUGUUUUUCCAAGCCAAAAAGAAAAUUACUAAAUCAAUUUGUGAGGUGAACAAAAAUAGUGGCCUGGUAUUUUGUUUAGGAUUGGAGGGUUUUCUGGCCAGAAAGUAUUCGUUUAAGAAUGAAGUUCAAAUUUUUCUAAAUGUUGUGUUUGCAAGAAUACAAUUGUUAGUUUUUCUUUCAGGGGGGCAAAUACUGAAUGGCCAAACAAGACUGGUGUUUCCAAAAAAAAAAAAAAUAUUUGCCUUUAUUUUUGUUACUACAAGAGCUGUGAGGUCAGAGACAA